UGUUUUUAUAAUGUACUUGAAUUAUAACUUUAAACUCACUGAUAACAAUGCUCAGUAUAAAAGAUAACUUGUAUAACCAGUGGAACAUAUUUCACAGACAUGGAACUUAUUUCACCAGAAAAUAAAAAGAUGAAAAAAGGAAUUGAGACCUAACAAUUGGCGGAAUUUAGUAAGAUGUACAUUACUUUUCUCCAUAGGAUUCGGUCGUCUCUUUAAGCAAAACAAGGCCAGAAAAUGGCCAGCAUACAUGUUUUAGUUCUGGUACUUCUAAUGGUAUUAUGGAUUUUGGCAGCUGUGUACGUAGCAGCAAGAGGUAUUACACAAACAUUGAUGUGGAACUCUGAUGGAAUUAAUGCAAUGGAUAAACGUCAAGAUUUGUUUUUACCAGAUGAUCUGAAAAGCAUUUAUCGAAUUCACUUUUUACUCAAAACUAAGUCAGAGGAUAUAUAUUUUGCCGAUAGUUUAAACAACUAUGGAUGUUGGUGUGCACAAAACGGAACUAGCAAUCCUGUUGACGAAUUAGACAGAUGCUGUUUAGAGCACCAGAUGUGCUUUAAAAAGAUAUUAAUAAAAGGUUGUCCAGUGUCAUCUAGAUAUUACUCCUAUAUUCAGUGUUUUGACUCAAUGAUUAAAUGCAAUAAUAGGGAUAAAUGCAAAUAUAACUUCUGUAUGUGUGAUAUAGAGGCAGCAGACUGUUUGUCAAAUAGGAAACUUCAAUACAAUCAACGAUGGAAAGACGGAAAUAAAGCUUAUUGUAUCAAAUAUGAAUGAACGAACAACUAAAUCAAACAAUGAAAAGAUAAUGCUUACUAGUUCUGGUGCUCUGUAGAACAAAAGUGUCUUUCUCUGAUAAUCAUUCUCAAUUAUUCGAAUAUCAAGAUUUAUUUAUUUGUUAUGAAUAUUACAGAUUCAUUUAUAUUCUGAAAUAUAUAGUGUAUUGUCUGUU